AUGGCUUUUCUCGGCGCAUGGGACCUACAAGAAAAAUCCAAGCUCUUGUCAUUUGCAAAGAAGACCACAGGCAAAGAGGAGAGGGCCAGAGCAACUGCUGCUGAGCAAGCUAAUCCCAAUGAGCGAAACCCUCCUUCUUGCAGAUAUUCGAUAGUACAAACCUCCUUGAAAGUAUACAAUCCCUAUGAUACUCGCUUGACUUCUGCACGUACCGGGGAAUUCCGGGUUCCAUUGCUUUUCAGGCGGGGCACAAGCGGUGAUAUCACUUACGAUAUCAAUAAUAGUGUAGACAACCACGAAAACAUUGAUGCCAUGGAGGAAAUGUCUUCGCAUACGACCCGCCGCGUUUCCCAGCAAACGAAGAAGCAGGAGGCUGAUCGAAAUCUUGGAGACGGCGCUGCCGACGAGGAUGGGCAUUUCCAAGGCAAAGUUCCAUUUCUGUACCCCAAUUUGUUGUUGCGGCGUCAAGUGAAUGACAUGCUGGCCAAAGCCUUGGGAUACUUGCACGCCGUUGAUACAGAGGGCGACGAUACAGCAGAUCUGUUCGAGCGUUAUUCGUAUGAGUGA